AUUACUUCCGGCUCUAAUAGCACCAUUAUUUUUGAGAAAUGGAAGUAAUCUGACUGACGAUGACUUUGCUUUUAACGCAAUGAACCGUGGACCUAAUUAGAUGUCGCCUGCUGGAAUUUUAAGUAUAAUUAGGUUUGGGACAUUUCUAUUCACUGUCUAUACCAUCCAUUACGGUAGCCAGAAUGACUGUAUUAACAUGUUCAGCAUCUUCUAUUUCAUAAAAGUACAUGUUACAUUGCGAAUAAGUCCGGGAAAUUAAGUUAAGCGGCUUAAUUUUUUUCCACACACAGUUUAAAAAAAAAAAAUGAAUAUAUUUUUUUAAAAGUUCAUAUAAUAUGAACUUGGUAGUUGGUCCACACGUCUUUAAUUUGAAUCCGCUGCCGUCAAACUGAGAUGUAAAAACUCAUUCCUACAACAACAAAAAAAUAAUAAAUUAUAUUUUUAAAGAAGACUAUCAUAUGCUUUUAAUGAAGACUGUCAUAUGUUUUUAUGAAGACUAUCAUAUAUUUUUAAAGAAGACUAUCAUAUGCUUUUAAUGAAGACUGUCAUAUGUUUUUAUGAAGACUAUCAUAUAUUUUUAAUGAAGACUAUCAUAUAUGUUUAAUGAAGAGUAUCAUAUAUAUUUUUAACGGAGACUAUCAUAUGUUUUUAACGAAGACUAUCAUAUGUUUUUAACGAAGACUAUCAUAUGUUUUUAACGAAGACUAUCAUAUGUUUUUAACGAAGACUAUCAUAUGUUUUUAACGAAGACUAUCAUAUGUUUUUAAUGAAGACUAUCAUAUAUUUGUAACGAAGACUAUCAUAUGUUUUUAACAAAGACUAUCAUAUGUUUUUAACGAAGACUAUCAUAUGUUUUUAACGAAGACUAUCAUAUGUUUUUAAUGAAGACUAUCAUAUAUUUUAAAGGAAAAUGGCACUUAUUCGGAAAAAAAAAAUUCCCCCGCGAGGCAUUUUAACCAAGUUGGUGGAGACGCCCAUGUCCAGCUGGCAAAAAGGUCAUGGGAAAUAGGGGAGGGGGGCAUCCAAUAUAGUACGUACGCACUGGGGGGGGGGAGAGGUCCAUUUUGGAGAUUUUGCACACGUUUUCGAAAAGGCCCGGAGAAAGUGAGAAGUUACGUACAUUUAUUUAAGACAUUCUACAAUAAUCAUCCUGACACUAUGACAGGCCAAAAAUAACGUAUUUAUAUAUGGAAUGCUGUAAAAAAAAAAAAUAUCAUGCAACGUUUUGUUAGAAUUAUCGUCAUAAUAUUGCCGUGUAUCUUCGCCAAUGAACUCGCUAGAUAUUCUCAGAUAGUACUCAGUGGUAGAGGUGUUACGGUAAUGAUUAGAUCACCGUGCCGUACGUUCACCGUGCGUGUGACGCAUGUUUUGUUGGGCUACGCCAGUGGUUCCUAAAUUUUUAAAUUCCCUGUUCCCCUUAUGCCAACUUUAGGUUUUCACCCGGCUACAAGUGUGGAAUUCUAAAAAUUUACAGUUCGAAUUAUUAGCGAAUAUAUAUAUAUAGAAGCACAUAUAUAUAUACAAAAUAAAAUAACAGGUUGCGUCAUAUAUACAUAAAACGCUUAUUGGAGGUCAUUAAGCGUCGUUUAGUUGCUGCAAAAAGUGGUUACUCAAGUCGGUUACUGUUUGCACCACGACCGCUAGAUUUCAGAUGGGAUUAAAAGUGAAAAAAAACAAAUUAAAAUUGUAUAUUUCGCAAAUCCCCUGUGGGAAAACCACAGCAAGCGAUACAGAAAAAAAUGUGACACCCCCCCCCCCCCCCCUCCCCCCGGCCGAAAAAGUAAAAAAAAAUAAAAAAACAGGUUGCGUCAUAUAUACAUAAAACGCUUAUUGGAGGUCAUUAAGGGUCGUUUAUUUGCUGCAAAAAGUGGUUACUCAAGUCGGUUACUGUUUGCACCACGACCGCUAGAUUUCAGAUGGGAUUAAAAGUGAAAAAAAACAAAUUAAAAUUGUAUAUUUCGCAAAACCCCUGUGGGAAAACCACAGCAAGCGAUACAGAAAAAAAUGUGACACCCCCCCCCCCCUCCCUUCCCCUGGACGGAAAAGUAAAAAGACUUUUGUUUUUGUUGUUGUUGUUGUUGCGUCUCAUCUUUAUGAAGUAUUCACUAUUAACGUUCUAUCUGAAGACGAUCUUGUGUUGCCCUUUAUCCCAUUCUCAUGGCCUUGCCCGACUUUCGGCCCGAGGGCAAAGUGACACUCAGGGCGGUGCGACCUAUUUUCUCGGAACCACUGAGCUCGCAAACAUCCAGCGGUGAAAGGACGUGGCACAUUUUGUUAACUGUGGCGUCAUAAUUGUAUAAAGAUUAUUUGAUUCGUUUGGUGGUUUUAUUUUCGGGGUUGGGGGGUAGAAAGCUUAUUGAACGUACGCAUAGGAGGUGGGGGUCGUCAAGAGGUACGCGUGCAACAGGUGGGGGGGGGAGGGGAUUCGAAAAGUUCACUUUUUGCGUACCGUACGUACUAUAAGCAUUGCCCCAAUGAAGUAAGUUGUCGCUGUUGUUUCUGGUUAGUUAGGCUACAAUCACAUUGGAUCCGUAUUGCACCGAAAUUUUAGACUGGCGAACGAGAGGGGGUGGGGGGUAGAAAGCUUAUUGAACGUACGGAGGGGGGGGGGGGGUCGGCAAGGGGUACGCGUGCAACAGGUGGGGGGGGGAGGGGAUUCGAAAAGUUCACUUUUUGCGUACCGUACGUACUAUAAGCAUUGCCCCAAUGAAGUAAGUUGUCGCUUUUGUUUCUGGUUAGUUAGGCUACAAUCACAUUGGAUCCGUAUUGCACCGAAAUUUUAGACUGGCGAACGAGACCAAAUGGAGAAUGGAAAAAAAAAAAAGAGAUUGCUCGAACAAAAAGUGAAGAUUCUCACAGUAGCUAAGUCAAAGUCGGGCACAGUCGGCGCUUCGCCUAUUCGUACCAACGAAAGAGUUACCCGAUUAAUUCUUCCAAAGAAACAUAGCAGCAGAUCGAUUCAAGUGCUAGAUCCAUAAUUUAAUCGUGGAAACUAUCAACAUUGUAUCCACGGCUGUAAUUUAUAUCAUUUAAAUUUGUAGGAGAAAAAAAUUGGGAGUUAUUGUUAAGUUAAUUUUUUUUUUUUUCACUUUCCAACCAUAGAUCUGAUUUACUUAUCAGCAAAUCUUAACACUAGUCACAAAAGGUCAAAGGCUUUCUUCGGGAUGAUUAAAAUCGGAUGCGGUCGAUUGCAAGUUUGAGCGCAAUGUCAUAUACGAUUUUUCUUUACCGAAAACGCGAUCUCGUAUAUCAGUCGAAAGCAGUGGUACUCAACCUUCCUAAUGCCGCGACCCUUUAAUCCAGCUCCCCGUGUUGUAGUGACCCCCCAACCAUAAAGUCAUUUUCGUUGCUACUUCAUAAAUAUGUUUUUUUUUUCCGAUGGUCUUAGGCGACCCCUGUGUAAGGGUCGUUCGACCCCCAAAGGAGUCGCGGCCCACGGGUUGAGAACCGCUGGUCUAAAGUAUCCCAGUGACUCAAAUCGUUUUGAAUUAAUACGCUAACCUCUUUCAGAUAUGACUGACAGAUGGAAUAUGGCAAGUUUAAUGGCUGGGCUGUUCUCUUGUUUCACCUUCUCCCAUUGACCGCCCUUCAGCUUGGACACGCCGUGAACUACCACUGCCUGGCACGGCCGCUGACCUUCGGACGAGAUAACAGCAGGGGCGACCAUGCCACGAUCAACUUCAGCGUCGUGUUUCCGACUACCUCUCGAGAUUUUCAAGCCGCUAGAACUCAUUGCAACUACAGAAGCACUGGUUCUCUUCAUACGGGGGGUCGCCUAAUGAUCGGAGCUCGCGCGUUCGAUAUCAAAUGCACAGCGCCCAUGACAGACACAGCGGUGCGAUUAGUUCUGUGGACGGCGCCCAGGAGACGGGGCCACGAAGGCAGCGUUAACGCGAGCGACCCCACCGGCACGACUUACAAACAGACGUAUUUUUCCUGUGGGUGUUUAGGCAGUCAGCCACAGUCUGGCAGAUGUGGGAUAGAGUUAGAGGGCCGCGGCGCUUACAAAAGAAACGGCCCUGGGACACAUUAUUUGACCUUGGCCGACAAAGAGAUCCCCGCCAUCGGCUCCCCCACUGUCCUCACGUAUAUCUUACCGCGGUGUCUGAGCUGCCUGACUUCCGUCCAUAGCGUGGAGUCGGAAAAGUCGAUGGAUGGAAAGUUGGUGCGUCUGUCUAAAGGGACAUUUACUCUGAACAGCACGGCCGUUAACCCGAAGGAGCAAGCGCCACCGCGGCGUUUACAGCCAAACAAUUUUCUUUUUCACCACGGAAGUGCGCUCAACGGGGCGGAGAAGAAGAAUCGACGAAAGAGGAACCUGGCGUGCCCACUGGAGAAGUUCGGCCCCCACUGUGAGCAUUCUUGCUACUGCGCUC